UUAGAGAAGCAAGCAAUGUCAGGCAUGGAAGGAGACAAAUAUCGUUCUUAUUUGCAUGGAGAAGGUGAGCUCAACACCAGUUGGAGAUAUGGAGGACCUCCAAAUUAUGAUAUUGUAAACAAGCUCUUCGAAGACGAAAGAACUAAGGUAUGGCCUCCUGGAUCAUUGGAAGAGAAAGUGCAGAACCUUGUAAAGUCAUGGGAAAUGGAGAUUUUCCACAAGGCAUCCCUCGAAGUUUUCAAAACAAUUGACGUAAACAAAUACACAUUUAGCUUAAAUGGUAUUAAAAAGGAAAAAAAAGAAAAAAUGAAAAACCAGAAGCUGAAACAUUGAUUUUCACAAUUGCUGUUGUGAAUUAAAAACAUUAAUGAUGGUUUGAUGAUGAUGGAAAUAAAGAAGCUGGGAGGAGGAUACAACCCACAAUUACAAACGUCCCUUCCUGAAGAACUAAGAUGUUACGAUCCUGAAAAAGAAACAGAUGAAUCAUCUCAUAAGGCAUUCGUAACAACGUUCCCAAGAGGCUUUGCCUUUGAGGUUCUUAAGGUUUAUACCGGACCUCCUGAGAUUGUCCUCAAGUUUAGACACUGGGGUUACAAUGAAGGUCCUUUCAAAAGUCACGCACCUACUGGAGAUUUGGUGGAGUUUUACGGAGUAGCCAUCUACCGGGUGGAUGAAGGUAUGAAAAUUGGGAGAGUGGAGUUCUUCUAUGAGCGAGGAGAAUUGCUUGGUGGUCUCCUGAAAGGUGCUGCCAUUGAUAGCUCUGCUAUGGAGGCAGCUUCAAGUUGUCCAAUUCUGAGGAACACGGGCUAGAAUUAUUCCCAAAUUUCGUUUUAACUUUAUGUAAAAUAAAUACAACUUGGGGUUACCUCUUUGUCGCUUAAAAUGAAUAGCCACUUGCUGGUUCCUACUUCCUUGUCCAAAUUUGUAUGUUGUUAAAUAAGCAAGUUCCCUAGACAUGGAACAAAAGCUUUCUAUUAUCAUCUUUUCUUUUAAGGUUUCGUAUGGAUGAAAGGUUGUUACACAAGUUAAUGCAACA